AUGACAGAUAUCCUUAAAAUUACCAAUACCAACCCUCGUGGUAUUCCAGAAGCUCCAUUCAUAGAUAAAGUAGAAGAUUAUGUCAAGAAUCCGGAUGUUGACUUUGAUAAGGUUAUUGCUGCGUUUCAGGAUCGUUUACAGCAAUACAAAUUUAUGGAAGUGUCCAAGAAACAACAAUUAGGAGAUUUGAAUGUUAAAAUACCCGAUAUUGAGAAGAACUUGGACAUUAUAAAUCAUAUCAAGGAAACUAAGAAGAGUGACGACGAAGAAGACAAAAUCAUCGAAACUAAUUAUGAGUUGAACGAUACUUUAUACACCAGGGCCACCAUAGAUGCGUCGAAGUUAGAAUCAGUCUACUUAUGGUUAGGUGCGGAGGUUAUGUUGGAAUACCCACUUGACGAAGCAAUUGAAUUAUUAAACGACAGAUUGAAGAACAACAAGGCACAAUUGGAACUUGUCAAGGAAGAUUUGGAAUUUUUGAAAGAGAAUAUCACCACCAUGGAGGUGAAUACGGCAAGAUUGUAUAAUUGGGAUGUUGAAAGAAGAAAGAAACUCAGAGCUGCUGAAGAAGGCGCUAAGAAUUGA